UUAUGUCGUCGCCUGCAGCGCCUCCGCCUGAUGCGGCGGCUGCAGCCGCUGCCGCUGCGGCUUUCCAUCAAUUUACCGUCGAGGCCUUUACUCUGUUGGGAGUCGGGAUAUUCGUCACCGUGCUGAGGACGGCGGCCCGUGUGAGGUUUGGGGGCUGGCGGAACCUCUACGGCGAUGACUAUCUUGCCUGGCUGGCGGUUCUGUUCUACAUCGCCGAGACUUGUUUGGCGUAUAGCGUGGGACAUGCGGCGAAUGGGCUUGCGAACAACGCCAUGACGGACGCGCAGCGAGCGGCGCUGUCGCCUGAUGAUCCGGAGUACCACUUGAGAGUGUUGGGAUCCAAGAUUCAGAUUGCGGGUUGGUCGACAUAUUCGACGCUGCUCUGGACGCUCAAGGCGUCGCUGCUGAUGUUUUAUGUCAGGCUGACGGAUGGGUUGGCCAGACAUUACCGUAUCCGAAUCUACGUAGGCUUCGGCCUCCUGGCAGGCAGCUACCUCACGGUUGCGAUGAACCUAUACUUCUCUUGCCGGCCUUUCCACAAGCUCUGGCAGAUAUAUCCCGAUCCCGGAAACGUCUGCUAUCCUGCCGUUUCGAACCAGAUCAUUUGGGUUUACUGGUCAUUCAACGUGCUGACCGAUCUGUACAUCAUCUCGAUUCCGCUGCCCAUGCUCUGGGGGACGAGCCUGAAGCCGUGGAGGAAAGUCGGACUCAUCUUCCUCUUCAGCGGCGGCCUCUUUGUCAUUGUUUGUGCCACUCUUCGUUCCGCACUCAUCGUCCUGGAUACUGCCAAUGGAGCGCAGCUGGCUGGAUCAUGGGCCGUUAGAGAAACCUUUGUCGCCGUCGUCACCACGAAUCUGCCAAUGCUGGUCCCCAUGGUCAAGGUCAUGCUCGGGCCCUUUAUCGGAUCCAUCCUCUCUUCGAGGCGCUCUACCCAAAAGCUCGACGACGGGACACCAAAGGACCUGGUCACCUUUGGAGGGAGCAGCAAGAGCUGGCGCGGGCGAGGCCCGCCAACGGCGAACCCGAUCACAAACUUCACCAUCAGCGAGAGCGAGGAGCGCAUUGUGGAGGACGUCAGGAUGCAGGACCUCAAAGUAUGGAGCGACGGACGAGACCACGAUCAGCAACCGAGGGCUGACGAGGAGAGCAGGGAGAUCCACAAGCACGUCGAGAUUGACAUUGUGACGACGAGCCACCGCCCCUCGGAGGAGCAGAAGCAGAUGUCGCCCGAUGAGCAUGCGAGGAGGCUCAGGGGGGCGUUUCCGUUUCCCGGGAGUGGCAACUGCGAGAAUGGCGACGACAACAGCAACAAUAGCGGCAUGAACAACGGCAUCAGCAGGGCGUGA